UGUUUCGUGACGCUGGGCGUGUCGCUGAACAUGGCUGGCCACGGCUUGGUGAUGGGCUUUGCGGCUAUACUGCUGCCUCAGCUGAGGAGGGCCGACUCCAUAAUCCCCAUAGAUGAUUCCUCAGGCUCAUGGAUAGCCUCAAUCUUGGGAUUUGCGCUGGUCGCGGGGAACUUCAUAGUACCGACAAUAAUGGCAAAAUACGGAAGACGAACCGCUAACCUGGUCAGCAUAGUGCCUUUGAUAGUCGGCUGGUUCUGCAUCAUCACCGCCACCAACAUAACGGCUCUCCUUAUCGCCAGGUUCCUCCAGGGGCUCGCGAUGGGCAUGAGCGCUUCGCUAGGACCCGUACUGAUCGGAGAAUACACCAGUCCAAACAACAGGGGUGCAUUUUUAACCACCAUAUCCCUUACGAUCGCGACCGGUGUCCUUAUCGUCCACACCUUAGGGUCCUAUUUGAUCUGGCAGAAGGCGGCUAUUGUCUGCGCUUGCAUAGCAUUUGCCGACUUGCUAAUUGUAAUAUACUCUCCGGAAUCACCCAGUUGGCUGGCGGAUCAAGGGAGGUACGAAGAUAGCGAGAAGGUCUUCAGAUGGCUAAGAGGCGACGGGGAGGAGGAGGAAUUACAGAGGAUGAUUGAGACAAGUAUGGUGAUUAGAGAGUCCAAGCAGGACGCGAACAUAUCCCAGUCGUUUUCAAAAAGACUCAGAGGGCAGAUGGCGUACAUUAGUGCCACGAUAAAGAAGAAAGAAUUCUACAAACCUAUAUUCAUAAUGAUCCACAUUUACACGUUAGGUCAGUGGGCUGGGGCUAACAUACUGGCUUCUUACACAUUAGACAUCUUCUCCCACGUGAUCGGUAACGAUGCGAAUAUCUCCUUGCUGGUUAUCACGUUGGACGCCCAGCGGAUCAUCUCCAACAGCGCCGCGGUCUACGUCAUAAAGAAGAUCAAACGGAGAACUAUGCUCUUCAUAACGGUCGGCAUAAAUCUAUUCGCGUUUGUCGCCACAGCCGCUUACACUUACGCGAAGGGUCAAGGAAUGCUCCCGUAUGACCAUCCGUUCAUCGGAAUCUUGCUAAUUCACAUCCACAUGUUCUCCAUUGCAACAGGGACUGUGCCGCUGCCCUUCAUCAUAGCUGGUGAAGUGUUCCCGCUGGAGUACAGGAGCCUCGCUGGGGGUUUCAGCGUCCUGUUCCUCUCAUCGAAUCUGUUCAUCACAGUGAAGACGGUGCCUUAUCUAUUCAAGACCCUAGGAAUUCACGGCGCUUACCUGAUUUACGCGGUCGUGGUGGGCUAUUGCCUGGUGGUGGCGUGGUGGUUCCUGCCGGAAACCAAAGACCGGACUCUUCAGGAGAUCGAGGACGAGUUCAGAGGCAGGCCGAUGUCCCCCGAAGAACUCAAGUCCACACAAUCGCUCACGUCUUUGAAGUACGUGAAUAAAGACAGAAGAUGCAGUAGCCCUGUGAUU